ACAGAGAUCGGCGAACUGUCAUCCAAUACAGAUGAAAUAACUUCUACGUUCAAGUCGACAGACGAGAAUGGAGAGUACGACCCGAAUUUUGGGAAGAGGAUCUGGGACGAGGAAAAGGUUCGUGAGUACUACCUUGGCCUGACGCCAGAGGCCGUUGACCUGCUCUUGGAGAAGACAGGCCAUGGUCAUUCAACCACCAAUACGGAUGAUUUGAACGACGAACUCAAGUACGUCAUCGACAAGGUUAUCAACAUGUCUGACGAGCGUGCCGUUGAUAUCUUCCGGAAGACCAUCGCUGACCAUGAUGAUGAUGUGAACUUUCCAAGCGAAGAAUGGAGUUUUAUCAAGGGUAUUGAUGAAGGUACCUUGGAUAUUAACGAUCCAUUUAUCAACUUCAAGACCAAGCUGACGGCCACCUUGUUCUUCUACCACUCUAUUUAUCCAGAGGUUCGGGCCGUCACAGAUAUCUUGGAUGAUGAUGAUGAGCCUUGCGAGACCAUCAGAUCUUACACCAUCUCUAUCAUUUGGUUAGUGGUUGCUUCUGGUGUCAACGAGUUCUUUUCACACAGACAACCGUCCAUUAGACUAUCAUCUUCUGUUAUAUCAAUUCUGAUGUACCCAUCUGGUAAGGCCUGGGAAUACUUUGUUCCAAAAGUUGACGUUCCAUGGUUUGGAGGUAAGAAGAUUCCCUUGAACCCUGGUCGCUACAGUUUCAAAGAACAGAUGUUUGGUACAAUCUUGUCUGGUGUGUCUGGUACUUCCGUGUACGUGUCCUACAACAUUGUGACCCAGAAGAAGUUCUUCUUCAACGAAUGGGCCGAUUUCGGCUACCAACUACUUCUGACCAUUUCAACUCAGUGUCUUGGUCUGUCGUUUGCAGGUAUAUUGAGAAAGUUCUGUAUUUAUCCUGAAAGAGCUGUCUGGCCAACACAGUUGCCAGCUAUUGCGCUUAACAGGGCUCUUCUGAGACCUGAGAGAAAUGAAGUGAUUAAUGGAUGGAGCAUUACACGUUAUAAAUUCUUCUGGAUUACCUUUGCAGCUAUGUUUAUCUACUUCUGGCUACCAAAUUAUCUUUUCCAAGCUCUGAGUACUUUCAACUGGACCACUUGGAUCAAACCAAGUAACUUUGACCUUGCCAUGGUUACUGGUACCGUUAGUGGGCUGGGGUUGAAUCCAUGGACCACAUUCGACUGGAACAUCAUUGCCUUCGUUGCUGACCCUCUUGCAGUUCCAUGGCUUACGAUCUGGAACCUGUACUUGGGUGCCUUUGUCGGCUUGUUCAUCAUUUUGGGUAUCUUCUACUCCAACUACCGUUGGUCUGGAUAUUUGCCAAUCAACAGUAAUGCGCUCUUCUCAAACACUGGUGAGCCGUACAACGUCUCCAAAGUCUUGACCAAUGGUCUCUUCGACAUGGAGAAGUACCAGUCGUACUCUCCUCCUUUCUACUCAGCUGCCAACAUUUUGAUUUAUAGUGCCUUCUUUGCUGUCUACCCACUAUCAUUCUUCUACAACUCGUACAAGGAAUGGUCAACGAUCAUGAAUGCCUACAAGAUGAUGAGUGAAGAUAUCAUAGAAACUUUCAAAAACUGGUCAUUGAAGAGUUUCAUAUACACCAAUCCAAAGGCCUUUGCCAAGUUCCACGACCCUAAUUCUAGAAUGAUGAGAAAGUAUAAGGAAGUUCCAGAUUGGUACUACGUCCUCAUCUUGAUCGUCUCCUUCAUCUUUGCCAUCAUGACAGUUAAGGUCUAUGACGAGACAAAGACUCCUGUCUGGGGUAUCUUCUUCGUCAUAGCCAUCAACUUCGUGUUUCUGAUCCCAUUCUCUGUGCUGUUGGCAACAACUGGUGUUCAGCUGGGUCUUAACGUGCUUGUUGAGUUGAUUGUUGGUUAUGCUUUACAAGGUAACGGUGUUGCUCUUAUGACGUUGAAGGCACUUGGCUACAACAUUGACGGCCAGGCAGACUCCUUUGCCUCCUCCAUGAAAGUUGGCCACUACGCUAGAAUCCCACCUCUCGCUGUCUUUAGAGCUCAGAUCAUUGGAACCAUCAUACAGGCGUUUGUCUUCCUAGGUGUUGUUAACUGGUCUUUGAGUAAUAUUGAUCACUUCUGCGAGAAGGGCCAGAGUGCAAAGUUCACCUGUCCUUCUGAGAGAACAUUCUUCUCUGCUGCUGUGUUUUGGGGUACCAUUGGUCCAAAGAUCGUCUUCUCUGGGUUGUAUCCAACUAUGCAAUAUGCCUUCUUAAUCGGGUUUGGCAUUGCGCUGAUAUUCAUCGCAAUGAAGCACUGGGGCUCCAAAUACUCCUGGUACAAGUACGCUGGCAAGCUGGAGCCAACCUUGUUCAUCAACGGUAUUCUCAACAUCUAUGCUCCAUACAACUUGGGCUUCAUCACCCCAACGUUGUAUGCGAGCUUCAUCUUUAUGAACUACAUCAGAAAGCGUUACAUUGCAUGGUUUGAGAAGUACAACUACGUGCUGUCUGCUGCUUUGAACGCCGGUGUCGCCUUUUCUGCCAUUGUCAUAUUCUUUGCUGUCCAGUAUCACAGCAAGGAUGUUGACUGGUGGGGAAAUACCGUGAUGUACAAGGGUGUUGAAGGUGGUGAAGGCCAGCAGACCCUUCAUGACAUCUCGUUGACUGACAGAGGAUAUUUUGGACCUGAAAGAGGCCACUAUCCGAGACCAUGAAUCCCCAGCUUUGUGCCUUGUUAUCUCGACACUUUGAUCAGCUUGACCGAGGUGCUUGUAACAUCUAAAGCUGUCCGUG